AUGCCACGCGCAAUGGACGAUUAUUUAGAUUUGAAAUUUUUAGCUAUCGGUGAUUCCGGUGUGGGCAAAACUUGCUUGUUAAAUCAAUAUAUCGAUGGACAAUUUAUGAAAUCUUUAGGCACGACUGUUGGUAUUGAUAUUCGAGAUAAAAAUAUUUUUUAUAAAUCUACUCGGUCAAAUCGAUCGUAUAAUAUCAGCUUACAAUUAUGGGAUACGGCAGGUCAAGAACGCUAUCGAAGCCUGACAACAUCAUUUUUUCGUGAUGCAAUGGGCUUUUUACUCGUAUUCGAUUUAGCAAAUGAAACGUCGUUUCUCAACGUUCGUAAUUGGAUAGGUGAAAUUCAAUCGAAUGCUUAUUCGGAAAAUGUCGAUGUGAUACUUGUCGGUAAUAAAUGUGAUUUAGAAAAUGAACGUAUUAUAACGAAAUCUCGUGCACUACAAUUCGCUCAACAAAAUCGUGUUGAAUAUAUUGAAACCAGUGCUUUACAAAAUAUAAAUGUCGGUGAAUCAGUCGAAUCGCUACUUGACUUAGUUAUGAAUCGUCUAGAAGGCGAAGGAAACCUUUCAAGAAUAAGCCGUCGCCUAUCUAGACCUCCAAUCGUGCCACUCAAUUCGGAAGCAGCAGAAAGAAAUACAAGAAAAGAUAUCGGAUCACACUAUUGCUGUAAUUAUUAA